AUGGGUUCUUCCUACAACUCAGAGACCACUGCCGAUGAAUUGGUUCAAGAUCUGGCAGCUGCAAUCAAGGGGAAAUCGAUAUUGACCACGGGAGUAUCACCGGGAGGUCUAGGAGCCGCAUUUGUCGAGAGUAUCGCGGCCGCCCAACCCAGCUUACUGAUUUUGGCCGGACGGACGGUUGCAAAAAUUCAGGAGACGGCUGAGACCAUCAAGGCCAAGUAUCCUGGUGUUGAUGUUCGACUUCUUGAGCUGGACCUGAGCUCAUUCGCUGCCGUCCGCAAGGCUGCGGAUGCUGUCCUCGGCUGGGACGAUGUGCCCAAAAUCGAUGUCCUUGUCAACAACGCCGGUGUCAUGGGGAUCGAGUGGGCGCAGUCUGUAGACGGCUUUGAGAUGACCUUUGUUGUCAAUCAUUUGGGGCACUUCCUCUUCACCAACUUGAUAAUGAGCAAGAUUCUGGCAUCGGAAGCACCGAGGGUAGUAAACGUCAGCAGUGAAGGCCACCGUUUCAAUCCGAUCCGUUGGGGGGAUUAUAACUUCCAUGAUGGCGACACUUAUAAUAAAUGGCAAGCCUAUGGACAAGCCAAGACAGCCAAUAUGCUGAUGGCACUGUCUCUAGCCAAGAAGCUGGGAGAGACGCAUGGCUUAUUAGCCUUUAGUCUACACCCAGGCUUCGUAUUCACUCACCUUUCUGACCAUAUGAACUGGUGGGAGGAACAGUCCGCUAUCCAGGCCGUGGACGUUGCACUCGGGAAUGUAGAGGAUCAGAUUGCGUUCAAGACAGCCCAGCAUGGGGCAGCAACCCAUAUAUUCGCUUCAUUCGCGCCCGGCUUGGAAGCAUAUAAUGGCGCGUAUUUGACAGGCUGUCAUGUUGCCGACCCUUUUACUGAGACUGUGAAGCCAUGGGGAACCAGUGUCGUCGAAGCAGAGAGAUUGUGGCAGUUGAGUGAAAAGCUUGUUGGUCAGGAAUUCACUUACUGA